UCAAUCCUCCGCUAAUCUCCUCAGGAAGGAUCUGUGAGUCACACCGAGGUUUAUUAUCCUUUAUUAUCCUCCUCAGCAUCAUAAACAGGGUUUAUUUAUUAACUCUUCAUAUCGGAUCUGCUCAUAAUCAGAUUCAUUAUCGGCAUCAUCAAUAAAUAAAGACAUGAAGAUGGAUUUACACGAAAUUAUAAAGAAACUGGAGACAGGAGAGCAAGAUUCAGCACUGACAGCUCUGCACAGCUACAACACUCAGAAGAGUCAGUGUUUCUCGUUCCCAUCGGAGGAGCAGCAGGAGCGAGAGCGUCUGGGCGAGCUGCUCCUCACCUUCUUGAAUCGUGACGUCCAGCCGUCGUGUAAGCUGGCGUGUUUGGAAACGAUUCGCAUUCUCUCACGGGAUAAAAAGAGCCUGGCACCGAUCGCCAGCCUCCAUGCCAUACACACGCUCGCCCGGCAUGCUGCCAUAGCGCCCGGUGAGGGGUUCCCACCCCAAGUCUCGGACCUGGAUGUGAUCGUGGAGGCGCUGAAGUGCCUCUGUAACGUCAUAUUGAACAGCACGGAGGCUCAGGAGGCCGCCGCACACUUGGGGAUCCUGGUGGGCGUGGCGGAGCGCCUCAAGCAGUGCCGCGAGUCUCAGUGGAGUCCCGACGUACGGUUCUUCGACCUGCGGCUGCUGUUCCUGCUCACGGCACUGCGCGUGGACCUGCGGGCACAGCUGGCACGGGAGCUGCGGGGUGCCCGGAUCCUGGCUGAUGCACUCGACGCCACGCUGGGUCUGCAGUGGGUCGACGUGUAUGAGGUUUCCCGGGCGGGAGCGCAGGGUCCGAAUGAUCUGCCCCCACUGGGCAGGAGUGAGACGGAGAGAGGCAUGGAGAUCCUCAAGAUCCUCUUCAACAUCACGUACGAUACUGGGCGCCGCAAGGUGGACGAGGAGGAGGCGGAGACAUACAGACACUUGGGGGCGAUACUGAGACACUGUUUACUGAGUACAGCGGAGGGAGAGGAGCGUACUGACGAGUUUCACAGCCACACAGUGAACCUGUUAGGGAAUCUCCCUCUGUUGUGUCUGGAUGUGCUGCUGAUGCCCAAAGUUCGUCACGGCUCCAUCGAGUACAUGGGCGUGAACAUGGACGCAGUAAACGCGCUGCUGCACUUCAUGGAGAAACGUCUCGACCGAGGCAAUAAGCUGAAGGAGAUGCUGCUGCCCUCCCUCAACCUGCUGACUGAGAGCGCUCGCAUCCACCGAGAGACCCGGAAAUUCUUACGCAUGAAAGUUCUCCCCCCGCUGAGGGACGUGAAGAACAAACCGGAGGUGGGGAACGCUCUGAGGAACAAGCUGGUCCGGCUGAUGACACACAUCGAUACGGACGUGAAGACCUGCGCCGCCGAGUUUCUCUUCGUCCUCUGUAAAGAAUCAGUCUCGAGGUUCAUUAAGUACACGGGUUACGGUAACGCUGCAGGACUGUUAGCGGCUCGCGGAUUGAUGAGGGGCGGCUGGGAGCCGGGGCAUUACUCUGAGGACGAGGACAGCGACACCGAGGAAUACAGAGAGGCUAAACCGCAUAUCAACCCCGUAACGGGUCGGGUGGAGGAGUGCCAGCAGAACCCAGUGGAUGAAAUGACAGAGGAGCAGAAAGAGUUCGAGGCCAUGAAACUGGUCAACAUGUUCGACAAACUGUCCAGGGAUCAUGUGAUCCAGCCCAUGAAACUCGGUCCUGAUGGGAAGAUGAGCAAACUGGAACCACACGAGCUGCACUGUCUGGUCCAGCAGCCGCUCAGUAACCCACAACUGAACGACGACGACGGUGACGGCGACGAUGAAGAAAACGACCUGGACUGAAGCUCACGUUAAUGCAGACUGACGCUCCGUUCCGAGCGGAAUGAAGGACCCGGGUUCUGAUUUCCGCUCCGGGUUCUUCAGAGCUGCUUCGAUUAGAGACGCUGCCCCGACGGCACCACACACACUGCCCGGAUUGCAGGAGCUUCAGACAGUUAGAGCGCUAAUAAGACACAAACGUUUUUGCAAUUUGUUAAGCUAAUCAUGUUCUCUCAGUCCAGAGCUGCCUGGACGCUGGACGCCGCUUCGUCAGCGUAUAUUCACUUUCUAGCUUCGCCUCGCUCGGGCGCGUUAACUGCUGAGGACGGGGGGUGGGGGGAGUGUAAAAAAUAUAAGUGUCCAUAUUAAAAAUGAAAUCUUGUCGAAA